AUGGAUUACAAUAUUCCCUCCAGUUAUCAUGAAUUCCUUAUUCAAAUGGAAUCCUGUGGAUUCAAUGAUGACAGAAUAGAAUUAGCACCUUCCAACUCUGAUCAUGACUCUUUUGAUUCUCCAUCUCCUCCCAUUUUAUUAUCUCGUCCUUCAAGUCUACCUGAUUUACAAACUGCAAUAUAUGAUGGUACUAAAAGUCCAACAAAGGAAGAAUUACAGAAAUGGUCUAUGACUAAAAAAUCCAAUCCUUCAAGUAUACUCCCUCAUCAAUUAUUAAAUCUUAAUUUAAAUUUAGAUAUAAAUUCUCAUUAUGAUAAGUUGACUGGUUCAAUUUAUCAAACUUAUCACACUCAUAAUGAAGUUCCAAUUAUGUCAAGUAAUAAUCUGUCUUUAACUUUUCUACCUGAAGAAUAUAAAGUAUUCUUUCCUAAUGGAAUUUCAAAGUUAAAGCAAUCUCAAUCUCAAUCUCAAUCUCAAUCUCAAUCUCAAUGUGGAAGUCGGUCUCAAUCUCCUUCUCCUCCUCCUCGUAUAUUACCUUUACUGCAUCUGCUUGUAACUUCAACUUCAUCUACGAAUGGUAAAGAAUAUUUACUUCAACCAAAACUUAAUGCUCCAAGGUAUUUAACCACUCAUGAAGAUAUUGAAGAUGAUAGUUACUUUUCAGAUGAUCCAGAAGAUGAAGAGUAUGAAGAUGAAUAUGAUCUUGAAGAAGAUAAUGAAAAUCCUAUUAUGCCAGGAUUAUUUCCAAAGAUGGAUGUUAGAAGUUCAAGAUUCUUAACUUUCGAUAAGUUACCAUUAACUCCUUCAUACGUAUCAAAGUAA